AUGUUUCGUGCUGUAGUCGUGUUCUUUGCAAUUGCGAUUGUCACGGUGCAUUGCAUAGAUAAGGAAUGCGGCCCUAACGAACAAGCCUAUGAAAAAUGUACAAGGGAGAUUCUUUGUGAAAGACGAUGCAAUUAUAAGGGAAGAAUGGUUUGCCCUCACCCAUGCCGUCCUAACGUAUGUCGAUGCAAACCUGGAUACAGACGUGGUCCGAACGGCUGUCAGAAACCGGGGCCAGGAUGCAAGUAA